GAAGGUGAACAAGUGCUACAGAGGCCGAUCCUGCCCCAUCAUAGUGCACUGCAGUGAUGGUGCAGGGAGGACAGGCACCUACAUUCUUAUUGACAUGGUACUGAAUCGCAUGGCAAAAGGAGUGAAGGAGAUUGACAUUGCUGCCACCCUGGAGCAUGUCCGUGACCAGCGGCCCGGCCUUGUCCGCUCUAAGGUGACAGUGCCUCCCUGCCUAUCCCUAGUCACUUCCCUUCCCAAGCAUUCUCUUCAUGGCCACCAAGAAGAAACCAAUAGCAGUCUGCUCCUCCUGAACCCCCCAGGCCACCUCCCCUUCUUCCAAAUGCCCAGUGCCCUGCACACCUGCAAUGUCCCCCCAGGCAGAGGCAGAGGCUAGGUUUCCACUGACCCUUCUGCCCCUGGCCUUGCACAGGACCAGUUUGAGUUUGCACUGACAGCCGUGGCGGAGGAGGUGAAUGCCAUCCUCAUGGCCCUGCCCCAGUAGUGAGCCCCCUGGGCACCUCAGUGGGCAUGCUGGCCUCUGCUCCUUCUGCCUGUAUGAGCAUCUGCGCACCCACUCUUCAGCCCUUACCCACCUGCCAUCUUGGCCCGUCUUGGGCAUGGCAGCCCUUCCCAGCCCAGUGUGGAAGGAAGUGGGGGAGAGAAGGGGCUGAUCCACUGAGCUUCUUUCAUGCUAGAACCUAGGCAGCCCACGGGAAACAGACAGCAGGCAGGGGGAGGAGUGGACACCAGAAGCAAGUGUGCUCCAGCCCCAUCCUACCUGAGUCUCUGUCUCCCUCUCCCCACGGUUCUGGAUGUCCCCAGCCAGUCUGCAUACCCCCACCCCCACCAGCCUGCAGUGUAUAGACAGAGCAGGAUGAGAGGGCCCCAGAUCCCCCAGCCCUGCCACCACUGGCCUGCCACCUUGACCCUGCUCAGCCUUCUGCCUAGCACAAGAGAACAUUUCUAGAAAAAUCUACUUUUGUAUCAAUGUGAAUAAAGUUAGUGUGUUGUCUGUGCA